GUUUUAUCGCGAUUAAAAGAAGAGAUUGCCAUCGAUGGCCCUUCAGGAUCAAGCAAUGAUGAUCUUUGGAAUUAUGUUCAAACCAUAUUGACAGAUAUUGCAAAAGAGUCUUCAGUAGACAAUGUGAAUCCAACUAUCGAUGACAAUUAUAAAGCAUUUAUUUGGGAUCACCUCAAACAAGAGGAGGAUUUGUAUUUUUAUGAAAACUUGGAUCUUAUGGAAGCUGAUAAGCAAGAGCAACAACAAACAGCUUCUAAUACUGAUCGCAAUGAUCAACCCAGCAAGCGUAAAGCUCCUGCAAAACAAAAAAAGGCGAAGAAAGCCAAAAAGGUCGACCCCGAUGAUGAUUUUGAAGCCGAUUCUGAUGAAGAGGAUGAGUCUGACGAUGAAGAAGAGGUCGAAGAAAAGCAGGAGGAUACUAAAAAUGCAAGUUCAGAAGGGGCUGAUUUUGUUGAUAUUGACAAGAAGUUGAAUUUAAAACCAAUAGAUGAUGCAAAAAAUAUGAACUAUGAAGAAAUAAAGGCAUAUGGGGCAUCGCUACGCAUUGUUGCCGCGCCUAAGCUUCAAGAAGAGCAAAUCUAUAUUGGCAUUCCGCCAGGGAAUAAGCUGUCACCAAACUUACAAAUUGUUUUAAAGCUUGUUGUUCGUACAAGGCAUAAGGGCUUCUAUCAAUCAGACCUAUCCAGGGUGUAUGGGGUUGAUAGUCGUUCAGCUGGUCAUUAUUUCAAGUCGUUAGAACAAAAGGGCUGCAUUAUUCGAAAAGGCAUAUCACUUAAAGGAGCUCGUACUAAUAUCUGUGUCCAUGCAAGAUUUGUCGCGGAAGACAAAACCAUUGACAUGUCAAAAGCUGUACAGGAUGAAGGCCGCCAGUACUAUAAUGUGAAUAUAAACAAUGAAGCCUUUUCCUUAGUACAACUCCGCGAUGCGCUCGUGGAUAUGAUGAAAGAUGCACCAGGUCAAGCGAUUCUAUCAAAAGAUGUAUUGGAGGCUCUGGUAAGUAAGCUACCAUGUAUCGAAAAGCCUUCUAACAUUCACUAGGGUUUUAAUCGUGAGAAUCCAGCAGUACAAAAAUGGUUUAAUCGUUCCUUGGAUGCACUCUUUUUACAAGGAUACAUUAAGAAAACCAACGUUAAGCUUGAUAACAGAGGCAAAUACUACAGAUGUCUUCAUUUGGUCAAAAUACCUGAAGACAAGAACACCAUACAAGUUCAAGCUACUGUGGAAGACAU